AUGACUUUCCCUUCGAUUGACGACGAUCUCGCUGCCCAUCUCAAGAACUUGUAUGCCUCUUAUCGACACACUAUCGAUAUUGACGCCAAGGGUGCAUUCUUCAGCCCAUCUUGUUAUCAGAUCUGUCGCCCAAAUCCAUCCUUCGCCGCCACAACCAGGGGCACCAUCGUGAGAUACCUCCAUGAGCACGCUGCCAAGAACAACUCAACGGCACCCAAAAAAAGAGCGUUCUACACCAUUCGACCGCUUCGAGACGCCGAACAUGAGUUUGGUACUGACGAGCAAGUUGCACCCGCUGGCUUUGCUUCGGUGCUGGAGGUCCGUAAUAAGGCAAUCAAGGAGGGGUGGGUUGGCAUGAGGGUUGAUUUAUGGGAUGAGAGGUUGGAAGAAGAAGCCAAUAACGCAGAUGAUCUCUUGGUCAAAGUGCAGUAUUGGUGGAGAAAGGAGGACGGAGUCUGGACUCAAAUCUUCCACGACAUCGUGUACAUCGGGCCUCAUGACGGAACGGAAGGCAUCGAUGGCGAGAUCUUGGAGUAA